AUGUUGGAGUCCACACAACCAACACGAACGAUGUUUGCUUGCGAAAGGAAAGACCUCCUUGUUGUACAGCUUGACACCUCUUUGGUCUCACUGUGUAACUGCACAUUGGGGCAGUCACACUGGCAAUGCCUUGAAAUUUGGGCAUUCCUUUAUAUUCGUUGUCGACUAGCUCUGGAACCGCACGUCUAUGCGCAACGUCUGAGCACCGCCAUUCUCUCCUCUUUACGUCGACCCGCGUCCUCCGAUGUUCCUGGCAAGUUGCGGGUUCUAUGGAAGGCGAGGGAAUGGGAAGGAAGAGCUGCCAUUUUGCAUCCUCCUCCGCUUAUCAGCAUCGGACUGGCAGUGACACCUAACAACGGACAAAAAUGCAGACAAUCAAACGAAGUAGAAGAAGAUGGUGAUGAGAAGGAAGAAGAGAAAGAAGACUUCCGCAGGGAACAACGACUAGUCAUGUCUGAGGAAUGGAUUUUGGAGGAUCAUUCGGACUUCAUUCCAACCCCAAAUCAUGGGUUGUUACACCUUUCAAACGCGUUGACAAUAUUUGCAUGGUGGACGUUGGGCGUUUCUACCCUUUUGUCACUCUUUGACAACGUCGAUUUGGCCGCGCAAUCACUUCAAUCUUCAACAGUGAGGACGCGAUUCACAGGCCAUCUCAAUGCACGACAGGACUUCCUUCGCAACUGA